UGCCAUCAUACAUACCAAAUCAAAUAAAUUUGGAGACAACGAAGUUUAGGAUUUGUUUCUAAAACGUGUUAGGCCUUUUUAAUCCCCAAAAUAAACCCUAACUUUUGGUGGAAUUUAACAUAAUUAAUUGCAACACCCCCAGUUUUUAGGGAUCAUACUUCCACCCAGUUUCUUAAUUAUGGACUAUGUUGGUGGGAUUACGCUGUAAUCUCAAAUCUGUAUUCACAUUUAAAGGUUCAUCCAUAUUCUCUCUUUCUCUCACAACCCUUUUAAUGACAUUGGAAUUUCUCUGAUUGUUCUCGUUUCAAAUUUCUUAAUUUAUUUCAGAAUCAGAUUAUUAAAAGGUACACUUUGAGCUGUGAACCCUUCUCUCUCUCUAGUCCUUGGAUGAUAGUCUGUCACAAAAUACAUCUUUUCUCAUCGAACCCAUUAACUUACAGGGUUGGACAUGUCUCAGAACUUCCAAGACUACACAGCUGAAUGCCGAACUAAUGAAGAUGCAACAACAAAGCAAAAAUUUAACUCUGGCUUAGCUCCAACCAUAGAAUCAGAAAGUAAGGAAGGCUCUUUUGACUGCAAUAUAUGCUUCGACUUGGCUCAUGAUCCUGUCGUCACACUAUGUGGUCAUCUAUACUGUUGGGCAUGUAUUUAUAAGUGGCUCCACGUUAAAAGCUCCUACUUCCAACCCGAAGCACCAGAAAAAAGUUGCCCUGUCUGUAAGGCAAACAUCUCCCAAACUUCAUUGAUUCCCCUUUACUGCCAUAGCCCUUCCCACAGUUCAGAUGAGCUCAGGACGUCUAACUGUGAAGUCAUCCCGCCAAGACCAACUGCUGCACCAAACCCACUUUCUAAUCAACAACAUACAUCCAAUCUCUUCGAGUCACAUUAUCCGGAAUUUCGUUAUGGUACUCUAAUAACGUCAAAUCUCGUGAGUCCUACUAUGGCGGGAAUAAUCAACCCUACAAUCGAGUUACUUGGGGAGUUGGUCUACACAAGGAUGUUCGGGAACACUGGUUCCAGUUCGUUGUCCUUCCCUCUUUGGAAUUCUUACACUUCGGUUAGGUUUAACGAUCCUCGCAUGCGAAGGCAAGAACUACAGUCAGAGAAGUCACUCAGCAGAGUGUCGAUGUUCCUUUUCGUUUGUGUACUCUUAUGCUUGCUAUUUUUCUGAAAUUAUUAGUAAUUCUCGUAUUGUAAAGAUUGUAAACUAGUACCACUCUGCUAUUUUACACCCUUGGUACUGUCUUGUAUGUGUUGCUGAUCUUCCUUUACUUGGCAAAUGAAGCUUGUGACUGCACAACUUGGUGCUUUCUUGUAAAUUAUUCCCUUUGCUUCUUAUUGAGGGAAACCUUGCAGACUACUUAGUGGAUGUGGGACCAUCAUAAAAAUUGUACUUCCUUCGUUCUCUACUAAAGUUCAAUUAAGAAAAAUUGAAUUUUUUAGUUA